UUUUGAAUAAACCCCAAGAUAUAAAAUUAGAAAACCUUCCUGCACCAUACGGAGUCCCUUGUCGUUGUUGAGAGAUCGGAAAAACAACAUUUCCAUUCCAACGGUGCCGGAAAUCGACCAGUCUUGAAUUUGUCAAUUGGCGCGAUGGACAAAGAGAAGUUGGAGGAAGUGAAGAUCCAAUUGCAGCAGUGGUUGAACGAAGCGCAAGAAUUCGUUCGGGAAAUCCCGCCCCCACAGCUUUACGCCGCGAUCGGGGUAGUCCUGUUCACAGUUCUUUUCUUCUUAAUCAUUCGUCUUUUCAAGCGUAGAUCAUCUAACGCCAUUUUACUAACUGGGCUUAGUGGAAGUGGUAAAACUGUUCUUUUUUACCAGCUUCGAGAUGGCUCCUCGCAUCAAGGUACUGUCACAUCAAUGGAACCAAAUGAAGGAACUUUUGUUCUACACUCUGAGACGAGUAAGAAGGGAAAGAUAAAGCCCGUUCACAUUGUUGAUGUUCCUGGCCAUUCACGACUUCGACCUAAACUGGACGAGUUCUUGGCUCAAGCAGCCGGCAUAGUUUUUGUGGUGGAUGCUGUGGAGUUUCUACCAAACGUCCGUGCUGCUUCUGAGUACUUAUAUGAUAUUUUGACCAAAGCAAGUGUAGUGAAGAAAAAGAUUCCACUACUUAUCUUGUGCAACAAGGUGGAUAAAGUUACAGCACAUACAAAGGAUUUCAUCAGAAGACAGCUGGAGAAGGAAAUUGACAAGCUCCGUGCAUCAAGGACAGCACUAUCUUCAGCAGAUAUUACUAAUGAAUUUAGCCUAGGGGUACCUGGAGAAGCAUUUGCAUUUUCUCAGUGCCAGAACAAAGUUACUGUUGCAGAAGCAUCUGGCUUGACAAGUGAUAUCGCUCAGUUAGAGCAGUUUAUCAGAGAACAUGUAAAGGCUUAGUACGAUCUGCCAAAGAGGCAUUCAUGACUAACAGCCAGUUCACCAGUUGUCUACCCUAUAACAUUUGUGGAAAGGCAGUGAAUUGUGCAAGGGAAGGGAGCUGGAAAUAGGAACUUCAAGAGGCAAAACUUUGAUGUAUCUGAGGACUCAGAAUCUUGGAAUCACUAAUUGAAACUUUUAUUUCAAUUGUAGAUCCUGCCUAUGGUGUUGAGUUUCUGUAAGCCUUUACUGUUAAUCCUUGCUUUUCACUUGGGAUGUUGGAUCUUGUGAUGUUCUGAGCUGUUCUAAGUGUUGAUCAUUUUAUCUGGUAGGGGUCUGUAAGUUACUUCAGUUAUGAGAUUUGUGAUUCUUUAUUUUCAUUCAAGAAAACCCUGCCUGGGAUUAAUGGACC